CCUUGCGACCAACCCCCAACCUGGAGGACCAGGAUACCUGUCUUAGUCUGACCUCUCUCCCUCGACCAAUCUGGCUACGGAGGCCCUACCAGUAGCUCUUGGGGUCACUGAGGUACUCAAGCCCCAAAGUGGGGCGUCUAAUGACACUUCCAUUAUUAUUAUUUUACGUUGACAUUAUAAAAAUAUGGAACAUUUGCUUUACAUAAUUUUUGUGAGGUGGCAUUACUGUCUCACUCUUGCAGACUUUUUAUCUUCGGUUAUUAAAAGAAAUAUUGGAUUGUAAAGAAGUUUACAAUAAAAUCUUCCUCCCCACCUCCAAAUCCGAGAGACGGAGAAGUACGUCUGGUACGAUAUUAGUGGUUAUAUAGCUGGCCUUGGUUCCUAGGUGCGAGUAAAAAAAUCUACUUACUCCAUUUUGGUUUGUUGUAGAAGAAACAGUAUUUUUGAUUUUGUAAGAUUUGAAGCUUUUACAGCAGCUAAAUGCAUUUUAAGUCUUCUUGCCAUGAAGUAACGGCAUCGCGGUACGACUUUUCCGAGACUGUCUCUGCUUUUGCCAUCGAGGUUGGUUUUCCUGGCGGUGCCGACAGAUACGGUCUUCGAAACCUUGCAUUAUGACACCAUUCCGACGUGGCUGACUACCCAAGAAGACUUAAUUGCAUUAUUAUGAUUGGUUUUUUGAGGUUUUUCUAUUAUCGACUCUACAAGUCCGUACACUUGUCAUCAAUUAUUAUGAAUAUUUUCAUUAAUUGUAAAGAACCCAUGAAAAUCAUUUUGGGUUAUUUUACGUGUAUGACGCUGUAUCAUAUUUCAGAUUUGAUUAAGCUUUCGGUGAAAUUCUGUAAUGAAUUAAUUUUGGUGCGUUAGGUAGACAGGAACAGGAAGUAGUUACAGCAAGCUCGUUAAAACGCAAAGCAGAGUAUUACGUCCCUGUGACGUGACCGAGUAUUCAACUUUUAAAAGUGAAAUAGUUUUUUUUUUUCUUCCUUCCUCGAGAAUUAGUUGUUUAGUUGUGAAUCAUCUGUAAUCAUCACCGUCGACUACGGAUUAUGCGGUGUGACAAUUUAUCAUUUUAUAUUUAUAUUAAAUUGGUAACCCUCGCAUCUUAGACCGUUCGUGUACAGAAAUCGGAUUUCCCAGAAUUAACUGCUGUAAGAAAGCAAAAGUAGAUAACGUCCAAUCAGAUGACGGAAAAGAUUGUUUUGAACUGUAAUUAAUGAAAAUGGAUCCUAUUCAACAUUGAUUCCAUUAAAAUAUGCGAUUGAAUGAUAAAUAAAAUAUAUUUUUCUGUGUACUUAAGUCUCAUUUUAAUUAACUGGUCUCAACAUUGAAAUUAAUAAGCAAAGACUUGGAACUUGCCGGCCGCACAGUCUGAGGCACGGUCCUCGUGCGCCUUGCAGCUGCGACCGUGGGUUCGAGUCCCACUCGAGGCACGUUUGUCUGUGUCCGUAUAGGUAGAGGCCUUGCGUCUGGCUGAUCACUCAUCCAAGGGGUCCUACCAUGCCGUUCUUGGCAUCAUGUAGACUCGCUGAUAGAUGCUGUAGACUUAUAGACUGAUAAGUCUACAUGGUGCCGAAGCCAAGAAUAAUGUCAUCGUCGCAGCUGUGAAAACCUUGACGCACGUUUUAUAUUCCUCCAGUUUUGAUGGUCCAGUGGUACGUUACUAAUAACGAUUUGCUGGACAGAUUGAAAUACGUGUUGGUCUGCAGCUGGCGUGCAGGCGUCUAAAGAAGUAUUAAUUUUCUGAUAGCUGUCAGUGGUAAUUCUCUCUCUUUCCGAACACUAGCACCGAUCUGUUUUGUGUUUAUUAAGUCAGUUUUAUAACACUGUAGCUUUAUUUAGUAAAGUGAGAGUUGAAUAUACAGAGUGUUACAUUUGCGAUCACUAAAUUCUUGGACUGUGUCAGUCCAAGAAAUUAGCGACCUUGAAAGUAGUUAUUUCGUACCUCGGAUUCUCAAGGAAACGUACUUUCUCAGAAAGCACGUGUUAAGCCAUCUUGGAAGUCUACGAUGGGAUUUUCAUGUUUGAGCUGUAAAGCAGUUUUGUAAUAUUUGUUUGUUAUUUUAUUUUGGUUUGUAGUAGAAGUAGUUGCAAAUGUGUAAGAAUAAUUUAAUAAAUAAAUAAUAUUAUCCACACAUAAAUAUUUUCUAGUAAGGUAAUUUUGGGAGCCAAAAGGGGUAGUAUGUGGUCUCGAGGGUACAUAUCCUGCUGGCAGAUAUGUACCAUUAAAGACUCGAGAAAUGCCAUUCAUUCCUACCAAGUCCGAUGCACGCAUGUCCAAGUCAUGACUCCCGGGCAACGUCUUAACGGCUAAGUCUUGCAAGGGCAGACAAGCGAGUUCCCGACGCUUUCAAAUUGGGACCCGCCAGCUAAGGGAGACAACCCCGACAGAAAAACAUCACUCCCUCAGGAUUUUUGAGGGUUGAACGUGAGGCUGACAACCUCACUCCGUAAAACAAAGAUUUGUUUCGAAACUUCAAGCUAAGCCUCGGGUGAAAGAUUUGAAGACGUCAAGGUUCAACUUUGAAGAAGAUAAUUUUAGUUACAGAGAUGAUACAAGAAAGAAUUUCGUAAUGGUGCAUACAGAACUUAAAAAAAGAAUCUCUAGUGUUGAGAAACGCUGCUGUCUCAAGAAUUAGCAAGAGUGAUGAUGACUGAGGCACUUACUACCUCCAUCAUAAGGGUAAUUGAGUAAGUAAGCAUUGCACAUGGUGACAGUAAUCACCUCUGAAAUGAGUGAGUUUCUACCAGACUACAUGGCGCAACAUUCAAGAAGACAGUCAUCUGUUAUAUACCUCCUGUCUAUUAUUCAACUUCUUUCCCUCAUAGGUCUUUGUACCGGAUCGGACUCCACAGUUCAUUACCCCCACCUCAUUACUUUUCUUGUUUACUCUUUCAUACAUUUCUCCUACUUUGCUUCUCUCGUGGAAAAUACAAUUUCAAUGCAAAGGUUUAUCGUAAUCCGGCUUCAAGAAAGCUACCUGGUAGUACGUGAUGUGCUUGGCUUCUAUAAGGUUAGACUUCUGUAGGUAUCCUUUCUCUUGCGUAUGGAAAAAACACGAGUGAGACGCAAACGGAAAAAAAAAAGGUGACCCACUCACAGCUGUGAGCAUUCGGGUAGUUGUAACAAGAGCUCAGACCGUGAGAGAGGCAAGACAUAACAAGACUGACGCAGCGAAAUAGGGAAAUGUGUGGUUGAAUAGUGAGUUAACGUACUGAGCUUUAAGAGGGAAUAUUUCCCAGUAGAUCUUGAACUUAAUUACGUAUUUAUUAAUUUAACGGAACCUUUAUUUUCGUUAAAAAAAUAAUUUAAAAGUGGAACAUUUGUUCACACAACCUGAAAUAAAAAGGUGAUUAAUUUCCGUGUUUGUGAACGAAAAAUCGAUGCGAUCAUUUGCAACCUUUUCGUAAGUUGUUUUAAGGUAGUGGUUUCGCCACAUAACCUAAAUGUUAAUAACAUAUUCGCAUUGUGAAUGUAUGCAUAAAUAAUUUAAGACAAGGAUCGGUAUUGAACUAUAAUAAAAAAAAAGCAGCAAAGAAGAGUGUGUAUGCUAUUUGCAUAGUUAGUGUAAAAAUUUAACAGAGUGCACAAAUAAACACGUAUUAAAAUGUCGACAUCAAGUUCAGAUAUCGAUUCAUCGAAAGAGGGCGGAAGUUUUGUGAUCGAUACCGGAAGUGGCUCUAUUACAAGUAGUGAUAAGAGACGCCAAGCGUCUUGCAAAAAGUUUCAAGAAGAAAUCCCGUUUAUGGAUGAGGAUUGUGAAGAAUGUGGUGAUGUUGACUGUCACAUUCCUCGCCGUAGACCUCAUGAAGUAGUCACCCGAAUACCAAAUCAAGUCAAAAUCAAAACCUUGACUCACCUAGCUAAAAGACCAGCUAUUGACAUAGAAUUUCAAGAUCUUUCGUACUCUGUGAGGAACCCAGGACGACGAGAAGGUCGGCGCACAAUCCUUAAGGCAGUGAGCGGUAAAUUUCGUGCUGGAGAACUAACAGCGAUCCUUGGCCCAUCCGGGGCUGGCAAAUCAACUCUCAUGAACAUCCUUGCCGGAUACGUGUAUGCUGGGGUGUCUGGCACCGUCAAGACCAAUGGCCAUCCUAGGCAGCUGAAGUUCUUCAACAAGUUGUCCAGCUAUAUUAUGCAAGAGGAUCUGAUUCAACCUUUUCUUACAGUGCAAGAAGCCAUGGAAGUCGCAGCCAAUCUUAAGCUGGGUGACGAACUGAAGUUUCCUGAGAAACAAUUGGCUAUUGACGAGGUACUGAACACGCUCGGACUGUUGUCAUGCCGCAACACACGAACCGAAUGUCUGUCAGGUGGACAGAGGAAACGUCUGUCCAUUGCCUUGGAGUUGGUCAAUAAUCCUCCGGUUAUCUUCCUCGACGAACCUACCACGGGGCUCGACGUAGUCGCGAUAAAGCAGUGCAUAUCGUUGUUGAAGCUUCUGGCUCGGCAAGGUCGUACGAUCAUCUGCACGAUCCAUCAGCCCACGGCAUCAAACUUCCAGCUGUUCGACCAGGUGUACGUCCUCGCUAAAGGGCAGUGCGUGUACCAGGGGGCUUCGCAACAGGUGGUUCCUUUUAUGUCUUCAGUGGGGCUCCAUUGCCCCAAGCAUUACAACCCAGCUGACUACGUGCUGGAGAUGAUUCAAGGUGAGUACGCGGAGAACGUGAGGAUCUUGUCGGCCGAAAUUCAAAAUGGGAAAUUGAGCAAGAAGUUGGAUCCGUCCGUUGCAGCGGGAGAAGGCGUUUCGGAUCCAGACAGCUUAAAAUCCAUCGCAAAAAUAUGUCGAAGAGAGUCUGUAGCUGUAAUGCCAGCCGUCUUUAAUCACGCAUUAAUGGAUUCUAUGGACAUUAAUAGGGAUUAUGAGUUCCCUACGUCGUGUUUUCAGCAGUUUGGAAUCUUGGUACAGCGAUUAUUCUUGCAACAGAGACGAAACACUGUCUCUCUAGGUAUACAGCUGUUUCACCAUCUGUUCUCAGCCGUUCUUAUCGGCGGAAUCUUCGUUCAGACCGGCGACGACGCCAGAAGACCUUUUGCAAACGUGAAGUUUUGCCUUAGCAUACUCGUAUUCUUCCUCUAUACGCACAUCAUGACUCCCGUCUUACUAUUUCCAACUGCUGUUAAGCUUCUGAAGAGGGAAUAUUUUAACAGGUGGUACGGCCUAAAGGCUUACUAUUUGGCCAUCACCGUGGCUUCUGUACCAUCAAUGUUCUGUUUCAGUCUGAUAUUCUGUCUGGUAUCGUAUCUCUUAUCGUCACAACCUUUGGAGCCGAGUCGCUUUAUUUGGUUUUUCGCUGCUAGUGUGGCCGUGGGACUUGUUUCCGAGGGCCACGGCAUGAUCGUCGGCUCCGUCUUCAGCGUCAUGAACGGUUCGAUCGUAGCUCCAGCGUCGUUUUCUCCGCUUCUCGCUUUGGCUGUUUAUGGAAUGGGCCACGGAGGAGCCAUAGAGCAAAGUAUGUCUUUUCUUAUGGGCCUGAGUUACCUCCGAUAUGGACUCGUCGCUAUCACAGAUUCUCUGUACGGACAUGGUCGUCCUCUUCUGAGCUGUCUCGACAGUGAUUUUGAUUAUUGUCAUUACAAGGAUCCCGAAUUACUGCUCAGAGAUUUAGGCAUGGCCGACACGACGACCCUAGGACAGAUCGUGGCCUUGCUCGGGUUCGCCCUCGUCUACCGAUUCGUGGCGUACUUGGCUCUCCGCUACAGACUCACGUCAGAAUUCUCUAAUCAGGUGUUGAACUAUAUCGCGAAGAUACUGAGACAUAAGUGAAAAGAAAAAAUGUUUCGUUGAUCUAAAAGAUGUUUUUUUUGUUAGAUUUUUUUAACCUUUAUCGUUGAUGACGUCGAGGACUACGCGAAGUACGUCUUUGUUUUCGUAGUAUAUCGCCAAAUUUUUAAACUUCAAAGUUAAAGUUUGGAACAAAAGCCCUCUAGAAAUGGAGUUUAGACUAAGAUGACCCCCCCAGAAAAAAAAAAAUAUGGUGGCCCCCACAACUGGGUUUUACAGCCAAGAAAGAAGAAUAAGAAGAAAUCGGGUUUAAAUUCCCUUUUUCAGUGUGACGAAAAUUAAAUAGCGUUGGAACAAAAUGUGACCGACUUCAAUCAGAAAGAAAUAAUUGGUGAUUUUUGUGGUGUUUGUUGCGAGAGAAAAAAAUAUUCGUGUAAAUGUGUUCGCAGCAUCGAUUCUGUAAAAUUAUUACAGAUGUAAGACGCACGACUGCGCGGGAUAUUUGCGUCGGACAUCGGUAACGCGAUGUUCGGCGUAAAAACCUCCAAUUGCGAGAUAAGAUCAAGAGAAGAGGAAAUGUGAUUCUGUCACGUGUUAAAGGUAAGAACCACCAAUUCUUCACUUUGAGACCUUAAACGAAUGAAAGAAAAAUAAUAGCGAGAUUUAAGAUUGCAGAAGACAUUAGCAGCGGACAGGAAGUACGAAGAUGGCUGUCUUCUGGUAUGCUGAUGAUGGAGGCAGCAGUCGCCUCUGAAACAUCACAAAUCUUGUACCAGACAGCAACCCAGAAGACAGGCAUUUUCAGCGGCAAAUUUCAUUCAUGUCCUUGAUAGCUACUUUUAUAGGUUACAGCAGCGGUAUUCAACCUUUUUUGUUCGCGUACCCCCAGGGGUACGCGUACCCCAGGUUGAAUACCACUGAUCUACGGAAUGUCAAUAAACGUCAUUGUUGGUCAGAACUGUUAAUGCACAAAUAGUAAUUUUUAGAUUUUUACUGAAUUCAGGAGAAUUCAUGCUUGUCCAAAACCUGUCUGAAAAUUUUGACUGUGCCUAGCAAAAACAUUGCUCACGAAGACCCGUCUAUUUCUCGUUUGCGACAAUCUGAAGGCCAGUCUUGUCAGCCUCCUGUGUAUUGGACCAGCCUUUGAAUGAACUGUGUUCUAAGAGAAACCGAUUUAGAUAAGAUUUUGUAUAGUCGGCCAAUUGGAAUUACUAACAUGAGUGAAAAAGUUAAACGUGAAAUUUUAUUAUAAUAUUUGAUACCAUUUGAACACGAUAAUUAAACAAGUUUUUAAAAUCUGUCGGAAUAAAAUGUUUUCGGAUGGGUUCUAAACCGCUUAUGCAUCACGUCUUAUAGGAGAGGCUUCUCACUGGUGACAUUCAUUAUUUUUUAAUUCCAGACUUUAAUAUUUCACUUUUCCUCUUUGUUUUAAUUCUCAGAUAUGUAAAUUGAAUGUUAUGUCCAGUCAAAUUCUGCUAAUACGUCGUGUUAUUAAAUCGUACUUCAUAUCGAUGGCUGUGAUCGAAUCUGGCGAAAGACGCUUGGAAGUUCGGAUAGACAGACAGACAAACCUCAAUCCCUGAUGCUCGUGAAAGGUAACAGAUUUUCUGUGUUAGCUCAUACAACUAUUUAGUAUGCUUUUCGUACUAUCCAUGUUUUUAUAAUUUGCCUUGGUAAUUUUUCUCUGACUGCGGAAAAUCAAGAUUUACGUGUAUGUAAGAGCAGAGUAGUUUGUGUCUCUGUAUUUCUUCGCCUCGUUGUCUUAAUUAAAUAGAAUGUAGUGUAUGUUAUAUUAAUUGUAUUUUUAGUGUCUUGUUGUGAUGUGAUUUGAUUAUUCAGAAUAUGUAGCACACAUAGACACGAAUAUCACAAAUUUGCAAUAACAAUAUUCACGUUUUGUAGCAAAUGAGAAAUGCCGAACUAAUUCUAUUAUUUCAUUUUAAAACAAAAAAUUGUAAAUGUUUUUCUUUUUAAAAUGUUCCUUUUUUUCUCUAUUUUAUACAAGUAUAAACAAAGGAAAUACACAUGUUCUGUGUAAAUUUAAUGGCAUGGCAGACGGCUAAUAAGGAGAAAAAGAAUUCUACUAAUUAUAAGAAUUAAAAACAUGUCACGCCCUGAU